AUAAUGGUUCCUUCCAGGUAUGGCACAAGUUUUGGCAGUACAAGGAGACGUAAGACAUGGGUUUUCUAACAAUUGCACUUUCAACCAUGACUUCGCCCGAAUAACUGGAAUAGCAGCUUCAUCUAACGGCAGUAUUGUUUUAUGCGACCAUAACAACAAGACUCUCAUUUUAGUUGACGAAAUCGGAAAUUAUAUUACCAAGCUGAAUGUAGACAGUGAGCCAUACGAUGUGGCUAUUACAAGUCAAAAUAUAGGAUAUAUUACUCAACAUAAUACCAGAUCUGUAUUGCAGAUCGAUUCAGAAAGGAUGGUUGUUCUAUCAAAAAGAACAUGCAACGAUUUAAGGACUACCAUGGCAUCUACAGUUAAGGGUUCAAGCUCACUUGUCGUAAAUGAGAGGGGUAAAUCCUACAUAUAUGAUUAUUAUCACAUAAGUGCCAUUGGAGACAAAACAGUAUCCAUAGGUAAUAGAGGAACUUCUAUUGGUGCUGGUGUUGUGAAGACGCAUACAGUUGAUUGGCAAACUUUUUUUUCUUGUACAGUUGGCUCAAAUGAUAUACUGGUCGGAAAGAGAGUAUUUCAUGAAGGUGCGUAUCAUCCUGGUGAAAAACUUUUUAGCAUCACAACCAUCAAAACACCGACUGAUAUAUGCUCGGAUGAUAAUAAACACCUUUACGUCAGUGGACAAGGUUCAAACAACAUACACAGACUUACAAAGGAGGGAAAGGUGAUAGAUAUACCACUUCAUUCUCAACAUGGAAUCAAAGAACCAGUCGCUAUGUGCUUCAACCAAAACUAUACAAAGUUAUAUAUUGUCAAUGAAUGGGGGAAGUCAGUUUUGGUCUUUGAUGUUUAUUGAUGCUUGACUUUUUAUUAAAUAUUCCAGUCGAAAUAAACCAUUGGGUGUUCAAUUGGUUUUUUUUUUAUAAUUGCAUAUUAUAAAUUCUAUACUUAAAAAAAGUAAUUUGCAAAUCCAAUUUAUACAAUGUAGGACCCCGCAUAAAAUAUUUAUAGGAAAACUAAUGAUUUAUAUUCUAAUAAAUGUUUUGCUUUAUGCAACACAAUGACUUCUUAAUCUAGUGAUUUGCUUUUAAUAAGGACUAACAA